UUGGCCGAGCCCAAUUAGCCUCAGAUCCAGUCCCGGAACCAUGGCCACCAGCAGCGGAACCGGUGUACCAUUUCCUCCGUCAUCGGAACCAACAUGGGAGCACGAUGUCUUCUUGAGCUUCAGAGGUAAAGAUACACGCCGUAGCUUCACAUCCCAUCUCUACCAGGCAUUGAAACAUGCUGGAGUCCGCGUCUAUUUUUAUACUGAGCAAUUAGGUAAGGGAGACGUUUUAGGCGGUCUGCUGAAAACAAUAGAAAGAUCGAAGAUCUAUAUCGUCGUGUUUUCCGAGAACUUUGCAAGUUCCGAAUGGUGUUUGUUGGAGCUGGCGAAGAUCAUGGAGUGUAGAUCAACGUAUGGCCUGAUGGUACUUCCAGUAUUCUAUCAUGUCGAGCCUUCAGAUGUGAGAUACCAAAAGGGUAGUUUUGCAAAAGCAUUUGCUGAACACGAAGUGAGGGGCAGGUCAAGUCGGGAGGAAAUAGAUAUGUGGAGAAGGGCUCUAAAGGAAGCUGCGAGUUUGUCGGGCUGGAAUGUUCUCAACUACGGGAGUGAUGCGGAGGUCAUCAGGGAGAUUGUAAAGACAAUUUCUAAACAGUUGGCGGAGCCGAACCCAGAAUUCCAUGCUGAGUCGCCAGAAGUUGAUGAUAGACAGUUAGUUGAUCCAGAAGUGACUGUAGCCAGAUUUCCUGUUGGAAUUAAGUCUCGAGUGGAUGAUUUGGUUCGUCAUCUGAAUUUUGGGUCAGACAAGGUACGAAUGGUUGGAAUUUUUGGGGUCUCAGGACUUGGAAAAACAACGAUUGCCAAAGCUAUGUAUAACCAAUAUCAUAAGUGCUUUGAUGGUGCAUGUUUUCUUGUCAAUGUGAGGGGCAUUAUAAAAGAACCGAAUGGUCUGAUUAGUUUGCAGGAACAACUUCAUGAUGUCUUGGAAACAAAGAUAGACGUAGGAGUUGUUUCUGCAGGGGUCCAGCAGGUGAAAAGGGAAAGAAGGAUGCUAGUCAUGAUUGAUGACAUAGAUGAUAGUAAACAACUAGAUCAAUUAGCCAUAAACCGUGAUAGGUUUGGUUCUGGAAGUAGAAUUGUAGUAAUAACAAGAGAGGAUGGUUUGCUAAAGCAGCUUAAAGUGAAUACAACAUAUUUGCCACGAUCAAUGAACAAAGAGGAAGCAAAUGAGCUCUUCAGCUGGCAUGCCUUUGGGAAGUGUUCUCCUGAUAAAAAAUAUUCUGAACAUUCAAGAACUGUGGUCUCUUAUGUUGGGGGUUUGCCACUGUAUCUCAUGGCUGUAGGUAAUAAACUUAAUGGAGAAGGCAUAGAGAUGUGGCAACAGGCGCUGAGAGGUAUUGCAAUCAAGCAAGCUAGAAUUUUGGAAGAGUUAUUGCUGUAUUGUUAUUCCCUCUUUCCAACAGGUUAUGAAUUCAGAAAAGAUGAGUUGGUUCAAUUGUGGAUUGCUGAAGGCUUUAUCGUGGACAAGUAUGCAGAGAGGAUGGAGGAUACUGGCAUUUCAUAUUUCAGUGACUUGGAGAACGAAGGUUAUUUUUUGCUCUCAAGAAGUGAUUUUAGAGUUGAUUUUGAUUUGGUCUCCUCGGUGACAUGCAAUUCCAACAACCUGUACGAGCUUAAUACUGACAAGGCUGAUGUUGUGAAAAACAAAACUUCUCGGGAUCAUUAUUCCAAAGGCAUGGAUCCGGUUUCUGUUUCAGAAAACAUAGAAUGUCGAGAUGAUUCUUUCAGAGCAGUGGAUCCAGAGUCUAUCUCACAAGACACAGCUUCUCAGGCUGAGGAUGAAUUAAAAGCGGUGGAUGAACCUUCUAGUUCAGAAAAGAUAAUUUCUUUGGCUGAUAGUAUUUUUGAAACCCUGGAUGUGAUUUCUGUUUCAGAGAACACACUUUCCCCGGCUAAUGAUUUGAGAGCCAGGGAAAUGGUUUUUGAUUCAGGGUACACAGCUUCUGAGCUUGAUUAUCUUAGAGCCGUGGAUGCAAAUCUUAAUGGAGCCUCUGCAACUACACGACAUUUAUCUUUAACGAGCAAGGACAUUGAUGGUAUAUGUUUUGGGGUUGUUGAAAAACUGAACAAACUGCGCACUCUGCUUUUUCUCUCGGAUAGUGGAUCUUCCAUUACACAUGUUCCUCGUAAUUUCUUUUGGAGCUUAAAGUUAUUGAGAACAUUGAAGUUGCGUGGAACACAUAUUUCUGAAUUGCCAAGCUCCAUUCGAAAUGUCAAAGAGUUACGAUAUCUUGAUGUCUCUUACACACCCAUUACACGGUUGCCUGAAUCAGUAACUUACCUUCAUAAUUUACAAACCUUAAAGCUUCGAGGUUGUGUACAAUUUGAUCAGCUACCAAAGGAUCUGGAGAAGCUAACCAAGCUACGCCAUAUUGAACUUGAUAUCAUGCGGCAACUGGAUUCCUUGCCUACAAACUUGGGGAACUUGACUCACCUUCAGACACUGUCAGCAUUUCUUAUUGAUAAAGACGAAGGGUGCCAUAUUGGACAGUUGAAGAAUUUAAAUGACCUCAAAGGAGCACUCUGCAUUUCAAGGCUUGAAAACGUGAUGAACGUGGAAGAGGUCGUGGAAGCUUCUUUGGUUCAGAAGAAAUUUCUCGAUAGGUUGGAGCUCCGGUGGAGUCAUCUGUUAUCUACAAACAAAGAGGAACAAGAAGAAAUCCUUGAAUGGCUUGAACCCCAUGGUGGCCUUAAAGAGCUACAAAUACAAUACUUUGGUGGAUCAAAACUUCCAACUUGGAUUAGUAGUCCAUCUUUUGCUGUCCUUGUUGCUGUUACCCUCUAUAGAUGCAAAAAUUGUACACUUAUCCCAUCCAUGGGGCAAUUACCAGCGCUUAAAGUGCUUUCCAUUAUGGAGAUGAAUGAGGUGACAGAAAUUAAUCAUCAAUUUUUCCGGAAUGGCCAAUCUAAUGAUCAAGCUUUCCCUGCAUUUCCAAAGCUUGAGAGACUAGAAAUUGACAUCAUGCUCAAACUGAAAGAGUGGAAGGAGCUUCAGACAGGUGACUUGCCAUCUCUACUUAAGCUCACAGUGGACUCUUGCCCAGAACUUGAAACACUUCCGUCACUCUCAAGCAUUUUUUCACUCAAGCAAUUGGAAUUUAGGAGCUGUCCAAAGCUUCAGCCCAGUGAUCAACUACCAGAUUCCCUUCAAUCGUUGAUGAUUGUAGAUUGCCCUCGAAUCAAAGAAUGGUUCCAUGAGGGGGAUGGUGAAGAAUGGAGCAAGAAGCAUCGUAGCAUAUGGCUUGAUGAAGAAGAGAUCAAGUUCUAGCAGAAGGGUAAACUGGCAUCAUGUGUCUCUGAAGAGACUGCUCCAACGAUUAGUAGAGAAGGUUCAUGAAAAAAUAUUGCUCAAGAUGUCUAUCCACUUGUCAACAUACGCCUUCGUUGGCGAUACCGGCGGUGAGCUGAGAUUUGCUGCAAUAAAGAGCAAGAUAUUUGGUAGAAAAUCUGGAAAAAACUGUUUCGUUCGAUGUAUAAUAUUUGUUUGAUGUCAUUGAGAUAGUACCAAUAAGGUUGACAUAAGAAUCUCUGAUAAACAGUUGAUCCGAACUCGGAAGUUUAGGAUAAAUUCUCCUGUAGUCCUCUCCAGGCAUUACUUGUUCUCUCGAUGUAAUUAUUAUAUACACAUAGCAUGAGUUGUGCAUCCUUGCACAGAAGUUCUAGUGGUUCGUGUCUUUUCAUCGAGUUUUUGUACGGAAGACAUGCCUAAAGAAAUAUCACUAUUAAUGUCUUGUCUUUAUGUACGAAAACUU